AUGAGUGUCACUAUGACAACUCUACCCCUGACAAUAAGAGGAGAAGAGAACCUUGAAAUAUUGUAUACACUACACCAGCGUACAGAGAAGAAGCAAAUCAUAUGGUUUGGAAUGUCAGGUGUUCCAGACCAGUGUGUGAGUUCUGGAAGGAGACACAUUCUAAUGGGCAGCAAGAGCAGGGAUUCUAGAGCUGGUAGAUUUCAUCACAGCAUGGAUGCAAUGCUAGAAGAAAAGGAUGAAGAUGAUGAUCUCGUAAAUGCCCCUCCAAAUUAUAUCCAACAGCUGCGCAGCAUUUUGGGUAAUGAAACAGCAGAAUAUUUUUUAAAUCCUCCCCCAAUGGAUUUUCAAAUCAGCAGCUCCUUACAAAGAAUACUCAGCGAGAUGGAAGAUUCACCAAGCGCAGAGGACUUGUGGAGGAUCCUGCAGGAAAAAACUCAGCAGCGUUUGAGAGAUGUUUGCCGUGAACAAGCCAACCAAGAUGGGAUUAAUACGGCCAAUAUCUUCAAAAGCUUUGUUCAGAGAUCUGUUAUGAAGAAGGUGUCAAAGAAGAAACAUGAUCUUCUGUAUAUCAGACAAGCAAACGAAUUUCACCAGGAUUUAACUAAUCUCCUUCUCAGUAUUAACCCAUUGGACCUGGAGAACAGUCAGAGAGAACAAGAUUUUUCAAGAUACCUUCAUUCAGAUCCAUUUAGAGAAAGAUCUAAAUUUAGUAGUAGGGAGUGGUUGCAAAAUAGAGGCCACAAUAAUAAAACUGGAAAUAAAUUAUCUUGAAUUGUUAAGUAAAUACCUCCUUGGACAUGUGACUUACUAAAGAUUGUCACAUGCAACAAGAAUCUGGGGAUUGUUACUGCAGUUUGUAUUAGCAGCAAUAUCUUUUGUAGAACAAUUGGCAAAAUUAAAUGUAAUACCCCAAGUGUCCAUUAGGUGGCAGCAUGUUAUAAAAUGUUAAUUGAACCUUUGUAAGGCCUCUUAAAAUCUGGGCAAUGUA